CGUUACUCCCAUGAAAUGUCACUCAAUGUUUCUUAUGCUCCCACCAGUUUCCAAAACAAACAGAGGAGGCUGCAGCCGUCUAUUGACUCAGUUGGAUGCAAGAGGAUCUCGCCGUGGCCGCUGCCCCCCGACGGGAGCCGUGCGGCGGCCGGGCGAGGGGCACCGGGUACCGGCCGGGAUGGAGCCGCCGCCGCCCGCCUGAGCCCCGCUGCCGCCCGGGGGGACCCCCGGCAGCCCGGGGGGGAUGGCGCUCAGCUCCCGGGCUCACGCCUUCUCGGUGGAAGCCCUGGUGGGACGCUCGGCCAAGAGGAAGGUGCCGGAGGGUCGCGAUGAAGAGCCCGGCCCCGGCUGCCGGCCGGGUCGCAGAGCCCCGGAGGCGGAGAAGCGGCCCAAGGCUGGUGCCGAGAGCCGGGCGGGCGGGGUGCAGGUGGAGCUGCAGGGCUCCGAGCUCUGGAGGAGGUUCCACGACAUCGGCACCGAGAUGAUCAUCACCAAGGCCGGCAGGAGGAUGUUCCCGUCGGUCCGGGUGAAGGUGAAGGGGCUGGAGCCGCUGCAGCAAUAUUACAUCGCCAUCGACGUCGUGCCCGUGGACUCCAAACGAUACAGGUACGUCUAUCACAGCUCGCAGUGGAUGGUGGCGGGGAACACGGACCACUCCUGCAUCACCCCGCGCCUCUACAUCCACCCCGACUCCCCCUGCUCGGGGGAGACCUGGAUGAGGCAAAUCAUCAGCUUCGACCGCGUGAAGCUCACCAACAACGAGAUGGACGACAAGGGGCACAUCAUCCUGCAGUCCAUGCACAAGUACAAGCCCCGCGUCCACGUUAUCGCCCAGGAUUCUCGCUUCGAUCUAGCGCAGAUCCAGUCGCUGCCGGCCGAAGGGGUGCAGACCUUCUCCUUCCAGGAGACCGAGUUCACCACCGUCACGGCCUACCAGAACCAGCAGAUCACGAAGCUGAAGAUCGACAGGAAUCCCUUCGCCAAAGGUUUUCGGGACCCCGGCAGGAACAGGGGGGUCCUGGAUGGGCUCCUGGAGACCUACCCCUGGAGACCCCCCCUCGCCCUGGACUUCAAGGCUUUCGGUGCAGACAGCCAGGGUGGGAGCUCCAGCUCUUCUCCAGUGGCCUCCAGCAGUGGGACCCCCUCUCCUCUGAACCCCCUGCUCUCUCCAUCGUGCUCCCCUCCCACGCUUCACUUGCCCGCCAGCAACCUGGGCAUGUCGUGCCCCGAGAGCUUCCUGCACCCCCUCAACAUUCCCCUCUACUACAAGAUCUGCCCUACGAGCUUCUUGAGACAACAGGCACUCCUUCUUCCAAGCCACGAAAAACUGGGAGCCACCAACCCACACCUUUUACCCCACUUCAUGGUGGAUGUGCCCAAACUGUCUUCCCUGAAAAACGCCAAAGCCGAAGACUUAAACGCUCAGUGCCUACAAGCCCCCGGUUCUGCUGGUCAAAUGCUGUAUGGAUUACAUGCAUCUGGAAACAUUUUCCCAUCAAGUCCCAUUGCUCGGGAAGCACUUAAUUGUUCUUUACAUCCUCCAUAUGGCUUGUAUGGUUAUAACUUCUCUGUGCCAUCCAGACUGAUGAAUGCAGCAGGGCAUUUCAAAGUGAGUGACAGCAUUCCGGCUGCUUUGAGGGACGGCAGAUGCAAUCACUCCAACUGGCACCCCACAAUUAACCACUGCCUUUAGUGGGAUCAGAGAAUAUUUCUGAGCUGUGUAAAGCAAGUCUUUCCUUCCUUCAUAGCCAGGGGCUCGUUAGUUAUUGACUCUGAAACACUGCAUGGUACGGGAGCAGGAUGGGCAGGCAUGUAAUCCUUUUAUUUUGUGGACAGAAGUGUUGUGUUGUUGGGAGGGUGGAGGGUCUGAGAUGACCCUGAGGUAAUACUUUUUGGCCACAUUUAUGUCACAGUUGUAGGUUAAGAGCAAACUGUCAGUUACCUUUUUACUAUUUGCACUCUUAAGUGGGGACAUUGAUGUCUGUCUUUCUACAACUCUGUUUUCUCUCUCUUGCUUGCCUUUAGUUAGCUCAGAGCCCUGGGGAGCUGCUGCUCACCCACUCAAGUUUUAUCCCUAAUUUCAAAGGGACCAUCCAGGACCUGGAUUUGGCAAAGGAGCCACUUCUGGCCAAGCACUCGAGCUUGUUCUUAAGUUCUCUUGGCUCUAAUGAGUCCUAACUAAUGACAUUAAAGUCCCUCAUUCUUCAUGACCCAGAUGCCUCCGUUAUCAGGGUGGGGACAUAAAUCCAAAUACCUUAAAUCCAAGUAUCUGCUGCCAGGUUAAAGAAAGGCAGGAUGAAAGAUGGAUGGGGUGAGAAGCUGGAAGGGUGACCCAGAGCCCUCUUUUCCAUGCCCCAGCUCCCAGUAGCACCAGCAUUGAUGGUGUGGUGGGAAUGGCAGGGGGAGGUCACACAUCUCUCCUGUGGUGAGAUGGAUCCAUACUGGAGACAUGCAGGACACAUCAUGGGGAGCUGUGUGGGAUGAAACAUCCCCAGGAGCCCUGCAGGACAAUCCUUUGACCCAGAGCUCUCAGCCCCAAGGGACACAGAAGAUCCACGUGGGAUCUCAUCCAGCCUUGCCCGAGGGAAGGGGCAGGGAUGUUCCUGCCUCAGUCCCACAGAGAACACGGAUCCUUUAUGGAGAAUUACAACUCUACAAGCCCUGGAACAUGAGAUUUUCAAUUCCUUCCAAAAUUCCUGUUUGUUUUCUUGUAACCUGUGGAUACUCUUGUUAUCCCUGUAAAUAAUCUCCAGCUCCCAAGGGUGCCAUGUAACUCACAAUAAAUCAGGACACAGGUUUUAUUCUUUAUUUGAUUGAUGUUCAGGCUCUACCUAAAGUCAAAUUUAUCACUUGGUAGAUGUCAGAGAUUGGAAAAUAAGGCUUGGUUGGGACCAGCCCUAUUUUGGGAUUAAUCCUAUAUUUUCAAGCACAACACACAAUAUAGAGGGAUUAGGCACAGGCUUAAGAAUCAAAACUGAUACCAGAGGUUUGAUUUUAUUUUCAUCCUUAACAGAUAACAAAUUCAGACCAGAACAAGCAAUAUCAAAAACUGUUAAAUUAACAAAAAUUACAUGUUUAGUUUCAUGAGACUUUGAUAAAGUUCAGACAACAUUGGUUUCCUUAAUUGUCCUGAUGUGGGUGUUCACAGAGCCCUCAGUGAUGCCAGUAUGAAAUGGGGGAUUGUGAUAAACGGUCUGUACAACUGUAAAAAUGAACAAACCUGCUUUCUUGGGCUGUUUCUUAGCAGUUUAUCUCACUAUUUUUAUUAAAAAAAGAAAAAGCUU